AUCGGGGAUGUAGCUCAAAUGGUAGAGCGCUCGCUUUGCAUGCGAGAGGUACAGGGUUCGAUCCCCUGCAUCUCCAUUUUUAUUUUGUAUCCUUCAGAACCUUUCAAGUUUGGCAAUUAUCAGUUAUCUUCUAACUACUCCUUGCUGGCUGUCUCUCAAAAUUUUUAAUGUUGUUAAGCCGACGUUUCUUGCUCACAAAACUAAUCAACCACCAUCACCUUCGUUACUUAGCCACCAAAUCAGACCACCCACAACCACCUCCACCAUCUCCAGUUAACCCAGACCACCUUCUCAAAGUCUGCACAAUCCUUUACCAACAACAAAACUCACCAGACUCCAAACUCCAUUCUAAACUCUCCUCUUUGAACAUUCAUAUCAACCAUGAAUUCUUCCUCCAAGUCUGCAACAGAUUCCCGUACUCCUGGCGUCCCGUCCACCGUUUCUUUCAGUACUUGCAUCAAACAACUCAUCCGGAUUUCAUCCACACCUCCGUUUCCCUCAAUAAAAUGUUGGACGUUAUUGGGAAAUCAAGAAACAUUGACCUUUUCUGGGAUACAAUUCAAGAAAUGGGCAAACUUGGUUUUGUUAAUGAUAGGACUUUUAUCAUUGGUUUAAAAACAUUAGCUUCGGCUAGGGAGUUAAAAAAAUGUGUAGAGUUUUUUCACUUAAUGAAUGGAUUUGGGUGUGAGUAUAGUGUGGAGAGGUUAAACAAAGUAGUGGAGAGUUUGUGUAGAUGUGAGCUUGUUGAAGAGGCAAAGUUUGUUGUUUUGAAAUUGAAAGAGUGGAUCAGGCCUACUGGGUUUACUUAUGGGUGGUUGGUUAGAGGAUUUUGUGAUGCAGGUGAUGUGAUCGAGGCUUCAAAGAUGUGGAAUUUGAUGGUUGAUGAGGGUCUGGAGCCAGGGAUUGAUGUGUUCGAGAAAAUGAUUGAAACUCUAUUUAAGAGAAAUGAGUAUAAUGAAGCUAUGAAAUUGUUUCAAACUAUGAGAGUACAGAAAAUGGAUGAUUUGGGGCUUUCUACUUAUAGGCUUGUAAUUGAUUGGAUGUGCAAAAGAGGUAAGAUUGCUCAAGCAAAGAUGAUGUUCGAUGAAAUGCGUGAGAGAGGGAUUGAAGCUGAUAAUGUGACGUUGGGGUCGCUAGUUUAUGGGCUAUUAGCAAGAGGGAAGAUUAAUGAAGCUUAUGAAGUUGUGGAAAAGAUUGAGAAGCCAGGUAUUGAUGUGUACCAUGGGAUGAUUAGAGGACUACUAAGGUUGAGAAAAGCAAGUGAAGCUACACAAGUGUUUAGAGAGAUGAUAAAAAAAGGGUGUGAACCUACAAUGCAUACAUACAUUAUGCUACUGCAAGGCCAUUUAGGGAAGAGGGGAAGGAAAGGGAAAAACCCACUUGUGAAUUUUGAUACGAUAUUCAUUGGAGGUUUGGUGAAGGCUGGAAAGUCAUUAGAAGCCACCAAGUAUGUGGAGAGGACACUGAAAGGAGGACUUGAGGUGCCUAGAUUCGAUUACAACAAGUUUUUGCAUUAUUAUUCAAGUGAGGAAGGUGUUGUUCUGUUUGAAACUAUUGGGAAGAAAUUGAGGGAGGCUGGGAUGAUGGAUUUGGCGGAUAUAUUAGAGAGAUAUGGAGAGAAGAUGGCUACUAGAGAGAGGAGGAGAAACAGAACAGUUGAAACUAUCAGUUUAGAGAGAAAGGCAUAGAAUAUAAAACGAGCCAUACUAAAAAUGGCAAAAGUAAAAAAUAUGCAUCAUUAUGAUAAAUCCUCCUUUUUGUGCUCAAAGUUUAUUUUCA